AUGGUUACCCGCAUAGACGCCGACAAAACCAAUGAAGUCUUCGGUUCCCAUUGCAUCGACCUCGUCAGCGCGUCUCUCGGAGGAAAGAUUCUGGCUGUUAGCGAUGAAUGGUUCGCUCAGGCUGAGAAUUUAUUGACGGUUGCGCCGCCGAUUCGGAAGCCUGGGUAUUUUGUCCAUAGUGGAGCUUGGUACGAUGGAUGGGAAACUCGUCGGCAUAAUCCCGAACCCGAGGAUUGGGUCAUCGUCAAGCUCGGCGUAAACUCCGGCCGCAUCUUCGGCUUCGAAAUCGACACCGCCCAUUUCAACGGCAACCACGCUCCCGAAGUCACCGUCCAAGCCCUCUUCACCUCUCCCACAACCCCCGCCCCAGGUCCCACAGACCCCCGCUGGACCACCAUCCUCCCGAUCCAAGAAUGCGGUCCCUCGCAACGUCACGUCUACCUCCUCCCCACACCGACGGAAGAAGCCUAUUCUCAUGUAAAACUUAAUAUGAUACCUGACGGUGGAAUCGCCAGGUUUAGAGUAUACGGCCAAGCUGUCCCUGUCUUUUCGGAUGAUCUGGAUGAGAUAUUGGAUACGGCGCAUGUAUCGAACGGUGGGUUGGUGGUUAGUUGUUCCGAUCAGCAUUUUGGGAGGAAGGAUAAUUUGUUGCAACCGGGGAGGGGGAAGGAUAUGGGAGAUGGAUGGGAGACGAAGAGGAGUAGACAGAAAGGUCAUGUUGAUUGGGUGGUUGUUAAGCUGGGCACCCCGACAAAAAUCACAUCGAUAACAAUAGACACCGCCUACUUCCGCGGUAACUUCCCACAAUACGUCACAAUCCACGGUCUCUACCACCCAGACACCUCAAUAACCCCCGCCCACGACCACGAAAACUGGUUCAAAGUCCUCGAACCCGCGAAAUGUAAACCAGAUAUCGAACAUCAUUUCGGUCUCCCGGGGCAGGAUGUAUACAUGCCCACCAACGGAGUCGGCGGGAAAGAUGUUAGUAAUGGAGUGGAGGAGGUUGCUAAACUUGAGGAUGGGGUUGGAGAGGAGGUUGUGACGCAUGUUAAGAUGACGAUUAUUCCGGAUGGGGGGGUUAGUAGGUUGAGGGUUUAUGGGAGACGGGUUUGA